AUGAUAUGUGAGAAAGAGGAGCAGAAUUCUCAGCAGGAAAAUGUUGAGCAAGUGGAUAAACACAGAGAAUUAUCGCAAAGAUCGGAAAGGAAUGUGUCCAGGAGUCAUGAGCUGGGAAAAUCCUGUGAGAUUCAGCACAGACCAGAAAGAGAACAAGGAAGCCAGCCAGAGUUGAAAGUGGGUAAAUGUAUUUCCUGUCCAGGAACUCAGAAGUACCUUAAGGAAACCACAACACAGCAAGAAAUCCUCAGGAGAAAGAGAAAAAAUACAUUCACUGAGUGUGGGAAAAACUUACGUGACUAUUCAGCCCUUAUUAGUCAUCAGAGAAUCCACACAGGGAAGCGGCUCUAUGAAUGCAGUGAGUGUGGGAAAAACUUCAAUCCCAGAUCACAGCUUAUUAGGCAUCAGAGAAUCCACACAGGGGAGAGGCCCUAUGAAUGCAGUGAGUGUGGAAAAAGCUUCACUCGGAGAUCACACCUUAUUAGGCAUCAGAUAAUCCACACAGGGGAGAGGCCCUAUGAAUGCAGUGAGUGUGGGAAAAGCUUCACUCAAAGAUCAGACCUUUCUGAACAUCAGAGAAUCCACACAGGGGAGAGGCUCUAUGAAUGCAGUGAGUGUGGAAAACGCUUCACUCAAAGAUCAGGUCUUUUUCAACAUCAGAGAAUCCACACAGGGGAGAAGCCUUAUGAAUGCAGUGAGUGUGGGAAAAGCUUCACUCACAGAUCAGUGCUUUCUGAACAUCAGAGAAUCCACACAGGGGAGAGGCCCUAUGAAUGCAGUGAGUGUGGGAAAAGCUUCACUCACAGCUCACACCUUAUUACGCAUCAGAGAAUUCACACAGGGGAGAAGCCCUAUGAAUGCAGUGAGUGUGGGAAAAACUUCACUCACAAAUCAGUCCUUUCUGAACAUCAGAAUAUCCACACUGGUGUGAGACCUUAUGAAUGCAGUGAGUGUGGGAAAAACUUCACUCACAGAUCAUCCAUUAUUAGGCAUCAGAGAAUCCACAGAGGGUAGAGGCCCUAUGAAUACAGUGAGUGUGGAAAAAGCUUCACUCAAAGAUCAGAUCUUUUUCAACAUCGGAGAAUGCACUGAGUGUGGGAAUACCUUCCCUUGGCACUCAGACCAUGUUAGGCAUCAGAGAAUCUGCAAGGGAGAUCAACACCAUAAAAACCUCUAGGGUUACCAUUAUUUUUUUUUUAAUACUUUUCCUGAUUCCCACGUAGUAACUUUUAAAGCUAUUUGACUGUUUGCAGCACCGUUAUCCCUCAGUUUGUCCUGUUGAUUGGCCCAUUUUUGCCUUUUGCAGUUCUCCCUGUUUUGAGGUGGACAAAUAGGUCUCUAAUUCGAGUGUGCCCUUCCUGUCGGGAACCAGGGAGCAUCAUAUUAAUACCAUUUCUCCUGUUUCAAAGUUAUUGUUAGAAUGUGACGUUAUUAAUAUGAACUGGGACUGUAUAGAUCCGUAGUGUCCAAUAGAAAUUUGAUGCUAGCCACACUGCUAGCCCCACUUGUGGUUUUGAAUUUUUAUUAGCCACAUUAUAAAAAAGCCACAUGCAUUAGCCACAAUUCAAUAGCCUAUUAGCCACAUAUGGCUAGUGGCAAACGUAUUGGACACCGCUGGUAUAGAUCAUUGUUGCAGCUAUAGUGGCACCAAAUCUUGUAUAAAGUGAGUCAAAUAAGGUGUAUAAGACAAGGUUUUGAUUUGCUGGUUAUGGUUAUGCUAUCUCUAUGCAUGUAUCAUUUCUGUAUUUAAAGUUAUAAGUAUUUGCUCUAUACUGUCUGUAUUUCAAGCUUGUGCUAUGCUUCUGGGUGACACCCCAGACAAUUUGUCAUCAGCACUGCCUUGCCUCCUUGAUUAAGGACCAUCAGCUACAACUGACCCUUUGAGAGAAGGAAUAUACACCUUGUGACUCAGCAAGGCAUGCAGGGACAUGCCUAUGGAUAGAACUCUAAGGUUUUUCCAUGCCAUGUGCUGGAUAGCUUGUUUUUGGAACAAAGAAAGCAGAGGCCACAUGGCAAGAGACUAUAAAAGACUGCUGCAUCUCCUCCAUCUUGUGUUUAAUCCUGCUUCUUGCCCCUGGAGGAACUUUGCUACAAACUGAAUCUCUGAACAAAGGAUUGAAUGACCCAUCCCAGCUGUGGGUGUACUCCAGGGACUUAAUUUGAACCUGCAGUUUAUUCCAUCACUGCUAUAAUCUGAACCAAGAAGUUUGCUAUUACUGUAUAUAAUUGAUUCCAUUUAACCAAUUCUAGCUCUCAUCUAUAUAUUUUUUUUCUUAUGAAUAAAUCUUUAGAUUUUAGAUUCUAAAGGACUGGCAAUGAAAAGAAAGGAGAAGUUAAAAUGACAAAGGGAAGGAAAAAGGGGAGAGAGAGACUGUUUUUCCAGAACGAGGUAUUUAAAAAGCACAUGAUUUGCAAUUUCUGGCUGAAAGAAAAGUGCAAUUUAAUUCUCUCUCUCUCUCUCUCUCUCUCUCUCUCUCCAGUUAUAGGAGAGAGAGAUUUGUGCAUAGUAUCUGAUUUGUAUAUUGACCUGGGUUUGGGGCUUGGUCCUUUUGGAUCGGGAGAACCUUUUUUCUUUUACUGGGGUAUUGGUUUUCAUAACCAUUCAUCCUCAUAACAAGUGGCACUGGUGGUGAUACUGGGAAACUGGAGUGUCUAAGGAAAUUACUUGUAUAACUUAUGUUUAGCCAGUGGGUUGAGACCAAAGUCUUCUCUGUUUGGCUGGUUUGGUGUGCCUUAAUAAUACAGGAAACCCACCUUUGGGCUGUAACUGCCCUGCUCUAAGCAAUUUGUCCUGAAUUGAUACUCUCAGUUGUGUCCCGCCAAAGGCAGCAUCAUUACAGAGAGACAAUCUGUAUCAUUGGUGAAUCAUUGCCUGUUCUUAUGUUGCUCUGGGUUGUGCUGAAGAGCUGUUAUAUUGGGAACUUUUCAAAUUGUAUUUAAAUGAAGAGGAGCAGGGGCAGGAAAAAGUGUUAUUUCAGCCUCUGUGACACUGGAAGGAGAUGGGCUGACUCAGAUUCCCUCCUUACUCAUCAUUGCAGAACUAUUACCUUUUGUCUGAGAUGUGCAGAGUUUAUCUUUAUCACAUUCUAUCCCUCCACUUCUGAAAGUGUCACGUGAUAAAGAGUUCUCAGCUGUCUGUGCUUGGA